CAGCUUACGAUUAUGACCUUGAAGGCUGGAUAAGAAGUAAUCUUCAAAAGUUGUGUUCGAUGAAGAAAACAUCUCGUGAUGCAACUGUUGAAGAUCAUAGCCAACUUGAUGCUGCAGCAAUUUUGCUUUCUCUCAAGACUACACCUCCUUCAUUUCCAAAGAAAUUUAACGAUCAACUGGUGAAUGGAGAGGCUGCUGAAGGGAACACAACUGGCUACAUACCUAUAUACGACUGGACUCAAGCCAUCCCCUCCCUGUCAUAUGCUGGCAAUACCUACAAUAUCAAUUUGCAGAUGUAUAAUUCCCCAGUUCGACUUGUACCUGUGCCAUUGAAUGAGGAGAACAACGAUAGUUACAAAGAGAUGUCUAUUGCAUUUGUGAAGUUUUGUCAGAUACACCGUGAUACCAUACUCCUACACAACCCCUCUCUCACUGCAGAUAAGGUGAAUGAAAAACUUGUUCAAUUGUGGACACAUCUCCCUGACGAUGAAAAAGUUGUCUACAGUAAAGUGGCUAAAAACGAGAUAUUGUUGAUGCAAGGCAAAGACAUUUCCUCUGGUGAAAGUCACAUAAAAGAAGAGCAAUGUGCAGAAGAUAAUAACCAGAUCUUCCAGCAGAGCAUGGAAAAGUGUUCACCCUCCUUAUUCAGACACCCUAUGUGUGCGGCAACUGAAUCUUCAAAGCAUGAGGGUGCUGACAAGAAUUUUAAGCAAAAACCAUCACCUUCCCCCACACCUAAGCCUGUGAGAGGCGGAAAGCAAAGAUCACUUUCCUUAUCAGAGAAACCUAUGCACAGGAUAUAUAUCAGAAGAACUGUAUCUCAAGAAGAAGUUUCAAACAAGGACAAUUUUGCCAAACCCAAUACACCAGAAAAUACUGCCAACAACAAGAAAUACUUGGUGCGAAUGCGUAGACAUUCUAUGAACGAUAGUAUCUUGACUUCUGCUCUCGAAAAAAUUAACCCCUAUUUCACAAAAAGCUACACAAGAAGCCCUCACAAGGUGAGAAAUGACUAUACAAAAACCACAUACUCAACUCAUUCACCAAAACGAAAUAUAUCUGUAACAAGUUUUGAUACAGACCCAAGCACAAUGAUGAAAUCGCCCCCAAAGAAGAACAAAAACCUUCCGAUUGAAGCAGAUAUAUUUGACUUCAAAUCUGAACCACAUGGAGUCCACGUCAAAACAGAACCUGAAGAUGAAUACAAUGGGGAGGAUAUGCGCAAAGCAGAGACUUAUUCAUAUAGCUUGCUUAAAGGAGCCAGUAAAACAAGCUCAGUAAAUCCUUGCUUUUCAUCACGUAAAACUUUUGUCAAGAAGAUGAACAGUAUUCCAUCCAAAUGUGUGAACAGAUUGAGACAGGAAUACUGUAGCAAAAAGGGAAAGUCAAGUGGGUGUGGAAAUAGUGAAAAGCAAACAAUGUCAGAUUCUUCUUUCAAGCAAAUUCAUAUGGGCACAUCGCCAUCUCAUAGACAAUUUACAAAAAAUCAUUUUGUGCAAAAUGUUCAUUCAAGUGGAAAAUUUGACCCAAACUUAGUUCAUAAAGUGGUUCACCAGAAGAGUCAUACUCCAAUGGGUAACAACAUCAGCAAGACAGCAUCAAACUGUUCUAACCUUCAGCUUCAUGCUACCACCAUGAGAAAUGAGGGUGGCUUAUCAGUUUCUCCUACAAUUUCAACUGCUACAAGUGAUGCCACCAUGGUGACUAGUUCUUCAAUGGACUCCUUAAAGUCAGCAAACAGCUCAUCAUCUGGUGAAUCGAGUAAAAUGGAACUUUUGAAUGAUUCAGCUUUGCUGUCUUAUGCAAUUGCAGAACUGGAAAGUGCAGAAGUAUGUAAAUUGAAAUCGUCAAGAAGAUCGCAAGCAUCGGGUCACCAAACUGCUCCAGAUACGAGAUACAGGCAUGUGUACAACUUUUUCCGAGAGCACGGAUUGAAUCCUACGCAAGAGCAAGUGAAUGAGUUUUAUGCAUCCCACCGAGAUUCUUUCUCAUGCAAAUCAGCUGCUUACCUUACCAUCAGGGAAGUAAAGCAGAAAAUAAUAAAACUUCAACUAAUGUAGAGAAGAAGAACUUUCCUAGAAUCAGAGAUACAAAUUAUAUUAAUAAUAUAUACAAUGGAAUAAUGGAUGGAUAUUUGCUAUACACUACACAUCAUUUAUGAUCUUGGGCUGAUAAAAACGAUUUACUUCUGGAGAAAAUAUAUUGAAUGUUGCAGAUGUUGGUUCGCUGCUUCAGAUGGGUUAUUUAUGAAAAUUAUCUUAUGAUCUUACAAACAUCAAUCAUUAAAAAUUUAAUCAAAACUCAUUUCAAAUCAUAUUCAUUCUAACGUGAUGCAAUAUGUCAAUUAUAAAUUUGUGCAUAUUUAAGCCAAAGCUUCGCUCCAUUAAUUUUUGGUUAAUAUUGAUGACAAAACUGUGCUAGCGAUUUUGGUCAUCAUUGUUAAUUUUAUUUUGUGUAAAUAUAAUGAACAUUAACGAAAUAUUAUUAAAUUGUAUAAUCAUUCAUAAUGUCGAUGAUUUUAAAGUGAAUUCGAAUCUAGGUUUGAAUCUGACCUAUAGUGUAGACUGUAGGGUGUGUGUUGAUUUUGGGGUUCUGUUUCACAUUUAGUAUUUUAAUGGGAUCUCAUAUCAGUAGCAUUUAAUAGUUAAAUAAUAAUGAUAUUCGAAUGGUUCUAAUCGAUUUAUAGAUUUAUGCAAAUUCUUAAUAUAGGAAUGUAUUUCAGAAUUUGGAUGAAUGUGUUUUACCAAUGUUGGCGGAUAUUACCAUAAUUUUUCUGUUCAGUUUAUCAGAUAUAUUGGCUUAUAAGGCAUGCAUACAGUACUAAUUUUUAAUUAAUUCGUAAUUUAGAUUAACUCAAACGCGUGUUAGUUUCAUACUUGAUAAGAAGUCAUCAUCGAAUUUCCAAUAAUACCAUACCCCGGUGCAAUGAACAA